AUGCAGCCCAGGCUUUGGCUGGUGACUGGCACCCUGGCAGCAGUGCUGGGCAUGGUGCUGCUGGAGGAAGGUGUGUGUCGGGCACCUGAUGGCAAGGAUGGCUUCCCAGGAGCCCCUGGCCUCGAUGGGAGGCCAGGGAUGAAGGGUGACAUGGGAGAGCCAGGGAAAUCAUUGCCCAGCACCGGCAUCCGAGGACCCAAAGGGGAUGCAGGAGAGCCGGGGACCCCUGGCAGCCCGGGGGAGAGGGGCUUGCCGGGUCUGCUCGGCUCCCCCGGCAUGCCAGGGCCACCGGGGCUGAAAGGUCUGAAGGGGCAAGAUGGUGACGCCAUGGAUCAGCCGCGCCCUGCCUUCUCUGCCUCCCGGAGGUCCCCCCCGGCCGGGGGCAGCACGGUGGUGUUCGACAACAUCAUCACUAACGAGGAGAGCCACUACAGCCCCCGCAGCGGGGAGUUCACCUGCCGCAUCCCCGGCAUCUACUACUUCGCCUACCAAGUGGUGUCCGUCGGGGACCUGUGCCUGAGCAUCACCAAGAACGGGGAGCCCGUGGCCAGCUUCUGCGACGACAACAACCGCAGGCUGCGGCAGGUCAACUCCGGCAGCGCCGUGCUCAGCCUGGCCGCGGGCGACCGCAUCUCCAUCAGCACCCACCCGGCCCGGAGCGCCAUCUACAGCGGCUCCGAGGCCGACAGCGUCUUCAGUGGCUUCAUGCUGUCCCCGCAGCUGGGCUGA